GGCCCAUUUGGAUGGGCAAUUUCGUCAAUUGGUCUCUGGGCUUCCCUUUGGGUUCAUCUGGGACUGUUCCUACUUCCUACUUCGUAUUCGCGGAAAGCGGGAACUCCAAAUAUGCUGCAAAAAUCCCUCUAGUUUUAGGGUUUCGCGUUCCUCCUUUCGAAAAGCUUCACCUUCCCUCUUCAGGAACUUAGGAAUUUGAGGAUCACUGCCAAGUGUAGAUACUAGAACAAUAUGGAUGAUAAUUACUCUGGGGAUUCUUCUAGUGGAUUCUCUCAGAAAAAUUCUAGUGCAGCAAGUUCUGUUUCAGCUUCAGUGAUGAACAAUGCAGCUGCUUCCGAGAGCGCCCGAAGUUCUGUUGAGAUAAAUGCACCAAAGAAGAAAAGGGCAUCGGCAAUAAUGGCGGGAGGUCUGCGAGAGUUCAGUUCAAGAGUUUGCAACAUAUUGGAGAGCAAGGGAACAACCACCUUAUCUAAGGUUGCAGAUGAGAUAAUUUCUGAGUUUUCUGGAAAUGACUCUGAAACAGCAAAGUGUUCGAAAGAGUUUGAAAACGUACGACGUCGAGUAUAUACUGUGUUCCAUGUUCUUGAGGCACUGGAUAUCGUCACAACAGCUAAAAAGGAAAUCAAGUGGAAGGGGCGUCCUUCAGACAGAAGUAUAAUGAAUCUGGAAGGGAUGAAUGAAGAGUGUGUCAAAUUGGUGAAUACGAUUGGAAGGAAGACGGCAUACUUGAAAGAAUUAGAAGAGCAAAUUGCAGAUCUCGAAGAUUUAAUGUUGCACAAUAAGCAGUUGCUCAAGAAUGGGAACACUCUUCCUGAAGGAUUUUCGUUGCCAUUUAUACUGGUUCAGACAAGCUCUCAUGCUAGUGUUGAGGUUGAGAUUUCCGAAGACAUGCGCGUGGUGUUCUUCGACUUCAAUAGUACACCCUUCUCCUUGCACGAUGAUGCAACCAUUGUGAAGUUAUUGCAGCGUCACCAGCGGCCAGAAAGAACAAAUGCUUCUCAAAGUGCUUCAGUUCACUCGUCUCCACGCUCUGGCGCUCUGACCAGACCUUUCCGUUGGAACUCCGAAACAGAUAUUCCUAAAUCAAAAUGAACAAAUGUUGAGAUGGUACCUAACAGAUACACACGUAUUACUGGAACUUUGUAUAAAUCGUUCUGAAUGGUUUGAAGGUCUCAACAAUUACCUCUGAAUUGUAUGGUUUCAUGUAAGUCUCUUCGACAACUUGAGCCUGUGUUAUCAAAUGUGCACUUUGUUUC